UUUCUUCUACAUUGUUGAAAGUUUCAGUAUGAACUACGAAUAACAUUUGGUAAUUGUUAUCUACAAGCUUCAUAGCUAGUCCAAGCAAAGCAGCUGUACUGUACAUCAACCAUGAGCGGGAGCAUGAGCAACUUUCUGGGAUUGGAGCUUUCACUCGCACCCAAACCCUCUUUCUUCAACAACACCCAUAUCAUAAAUUCCUUCCCUUUCACUGAAUUCCUAUCCCCAACUCCAACCUCUCUUUUCCCACUCUCCAAACACACCUCUAACUCCAACUCCAGCUACAAAAGGAGAAGUAUUACAACUCACAGCUUCAAAUCCCACACUGCCCAUCUCAACUCCACAAGCACAACCAGUGUUCAAGCCAGUGAUACAGCCACUGCUCAAGUGCAAGAGCAGGUAGAGGUUGAGGUUGCUGAGGGUUAUACUUUAACUCAAUUCAUUGAUAAGAUUAUUGAGGUCUUUCUGAAGGAGAAGCCACAAUCAAAGGAAUGGAGGAAGUAUUUGGUGUUCAGGGAGGAGUGGGAAAAGUAUAGGGAAACCUUCUACAAUCGGUGUCGUUCACGGGCAGAUGCAGAAGGCGACCCUACUAUGAAGCAAAAAUUGAUUUCACUAGGAAGAAAAGUGAAGAAGAUUGAUGAUGAAAUGGAAGGUCAUAGUGAACUUCUGAAGGAGAUCCAAGACAGCCCAACUGACAUUAAUGCCAUUGUUGCACGGCGGCGCAAAGACUUCACAGGGGAAUUUUUUCGCUACCUCACUCUACUGUCGGAGACUCACGACAGUCUGGAGGACCGUGAUGCCGUGGCAAGACUGGGGGCCAGAUGCUUGUCUGCUGUCAGUGCUUAUGAUAAUACGCUGGAUUAUGUGGAUACAUUAGAGGUUGCUCAGGCCAAAUUUGAUGAUAUCCUUGACUCUCCUUCAGUGGAUGCGGCAUGUGAGAAGAUUAAAAGCCUUGCCAAAGCAAAGGAACUAGAUUCCUCAUUGAUCUUGUUGAUAAACAGUGCUUGGGCUUCUGCAAAAGAAUCCACAACUAUGAAAGAUGAGGUCAAAGAUAUAAUGUAUCGUUUAUAUAAGGCAACAAAGAGCAGUCUUAGGAGCAUUGCGCCAAAAGAAAUAAAGCUACUUAAGCAUUUGCUGAACAUCACUGAUCCUGAAGAGCGAUUCUCGGCAUUGGCAACUGCUUUCUCUCCGGGUGAUGAACAUGAAGCAAAGGACCCUAAUGCUCUUUACACUACUCCCAAAGAGCUGCACAAAUGGAUUAAGAUCAUGCUUGAUGCUUACAAUCUUAGUAAGGAAGACACUGACAUUAGAGAAGUCAAACACUUGACUCAGCCUGUGGUUAUACAGAGGUUGUUCAUCCUCAAGGAAACUAUAGAAGAAGAAUACUUGGAAUCUAGCAAGUUUCAAGACUCUAAAACAGAAGGGGCCACUAAAUCAGAGGAGUUGUGAGGUUCUGCUCUUUUUGAUCCACAGCACUACUGUUAGCUAUCACAUUCAUUCUACAAAUGAAAUUGCAAGUUUGCUCUGAAGCUUUGAGUUGUAAACCGUCAAUGUUGUGUGAAAGUUUCUAUCUUUUUCUUAGACUUUUCUAAAUUGAGAGAAAAAUGGGAGUAAGGGAGAAGUGGAAGCUGGAGCCGGAGGGGAUGUUGGGAGCUGAUGUGUUGUGGUACGCUUAAUUGAGGAUUCUUCAUCUAUGUCAAUAUAAUAUCUAGAAGUUAAAAUGUA